GGGCCCCCGGCGCCGGAGCUUCGGGCAGGUUCUGGGCUGCGUCUGUGUGCGUGUGCGUGUGUGUGUGUGUGUGCGUGGCGGCGGAGGGUGCGCGUGAGCGUGCGGGGAGAGGGACGGGACGUCAGAGCGGCCCAUGAAUAUUGAUGUGGAGGAGCGUCUCUUUCAUCGAGGACAGAAGGAAGCAAGAUGGCGGCGCUGUAGGACUCGGAUCAGAUCUAGCGGGCGUUUUGGAAGCCUACACCGUCAGGGGAAGCCGAGGAACCGCAGGAACCAGGACGCACAGAGGGCAGCCUCGUGAAUGGACCCAGAGCAGGCCAGAUGGAAACAGAAAAGCCCAGACAUGAGACGGAAGAAAGUCUAAUACUCGCCCAGUUCAGCACCACCCACCGAGUGCCUACGAAGCUGCAGAAUGGAAACCAGUCGCCUGAUGCGAGCACUCAACAGCUCAACGGGGAUUCCAGCUGGAGCCUGUUCAGGCCAACGAAACGCCACUGCCUAAGCCCCGCGGCCACGCCGGAUCAGGAACCGUACGGGAUAAAUGGCGAGACGAAGCACAACCUUUAUGAACAGUCUGCGGUGGCCAACCAUCAGGCGAAGAAGUUCUGUGCUAGCUCAGAGAUGGACGCUGAUGGAGGUCUGGAUAAGAUCCACGAGCUGAGCAAGUCAGUGGUGAAUAAAAUAAACUGUAAUUAUCCUAAUGGUGACGUUUUCUCACUACCAAGGAACAACCAGGUGCCAAUGCCCAACGGUGCUACACCAGCCACACCUUCAGUGGAAGAUCCGGCUGGUGACCUUACAGAUAAAGCUCUGCCUCAGUCUCAGUAUUAUCCAGAACAUGCAACACCACCACCACAAAACAGAAACACCAGCAACCUGCACGAGCAGGUCAUCCCUUCACCCUCGAGUACCUCAGGUUAUCCUGUUUCAGCCCAAAUGCUGGGCUCUGCGCCACCUGCCAGUUUAUCCGUGGAUGCCUAUGGCAGCAAUGGCUAUGACCCAGCGCUUAUCGUGAACGGGCACUCGGAAAGUUUCAAGGCAGAACUUCUGCACCAGCAACCACCGUACCCUCACAGUGACCUCCCAGCUCUGGUAAAUCACUCACAAAGUGAACCGACGUCUGGACGUGUCCCAACGAGAGGUACCGGUGUUCCCUCUCUGUCUCAAAACGGCCCAGGAUGCUUUGCUGGCAAACCAGAUGAUUCAAGCGAGACCUCAAAUCAGAUGUCUUACCCAGUGCCAGGGCGAGGUGAGGAGACCGGCUCCUUCAGCAACUCAGCAGCCGUUACGAGCCAACAGCACUUACAGUACAGCCUGCAGCAACGCCCGUCAGAUGUUUCCUGCUCAGCUGAUAACCACCUCCAGGGCGGCGUGGUCUCCACCACCCCGCCUCCUCUACAGCCGCCAGCAGCUCCAAAAAAUCAGUGCAGCGAGCCGGAACAGAAUGCACCGGACCAAAAAGGCCACGUGGCUCCCGCCGCCACCCAGGGAGGCUGGAUCAAUUUAAAUGCUGCCCCAGCUGCACAGCACCAUGCCAACCAGCCGCACAUGUGGAGGAGUUACCCUCAAAACCAGAGCACAGACAGACAGAACCAGGGUGGCAUUCACAUGCACUCCAACUGCAACCCACCGGAAAAGGGUCAGUUACUGAACGGAUACAGCUUUGCCACACCUCCUAUGCAACCUCAUCACAACGUUGACCGGGAAUGUCGGCACGGACGUCCACAAACUCCCUCCGACAUGCACGUCCAGCCUCAGCCUAACAUCCAGCUCAAUCAACUUCAAGCCCAAGAGCAAGUACACCAGCAGAUUUACCCCCCAGAGCAACAGCAAUUACGUCAAAACAACCAGAACCAGCCACAGCGGGUACCACCUCCACAGUCCAACCAGCAGCAUGCCAGCACUAUGCAGCAUUCUGAUAAACAUCCACAGAACCCUCAACGGCACCCAAUGGAAGGCUACACACAAUCAGAGAUGAUAUCUCCAACAUACAGACCACCUAGACCUCCUGACCCAGUAGAGACUGGAUCUAAUCCAUCAUCCACCAACCUUCCUUUUUCUGAUCAAUCCCGACCCAACUCGGAGCCGUUACCUAAAGACGUGCCACCCAUGUUUAGCAGUGAUGCAGCGGAGAUGCAAAAGCAGCAACAGAGACAGUACAGCCCGUCUCCCGGUGCCCAACACUCCCAGCAUUCCCAGCAGCAUAUUAAACACUUCUUGCCGAACAAUUUGAACUUUCCGCAUUCACAACCGCAACAGCUACCGGAGGGUCUUCAGUGCCGAUACACACCAGUCCAAAGGUUUCCCAAAAUGGAAUCACAUGAGUCCUGUUCCCAGUUCCAGAGAGGGCCUUUCCCAAACCCUGGUACACCAGGAGACUUCCAGAGGCACGCCGCCCUGCGAAUGCAUCUCCUUCAGAAGCAGGAAAGACCACCUCGUCCCCAAAGCCCAAGCAUGAUCAGACCAGACAUGCAGUUCAUUAAACGUGAAAAUGGCCCCAGAUUCGAGGCCCCGGUCCAAAUGCCAGCCCCACAGAUGCAGCACCAGUACAGUGGCAUGCAAGCCACGGUAAAGCGGGAGCAGCUGUUUCCGACCUGUGGGCAGAGCCAGCAGAGGAGCAUCCUGGCCACCAUGGAGCAGAAGUUACAACAGUUUCAGCCCUCCACCGCCUUCGAGAGGAAGUCACUCGUUAUCAAGUCCCCCAAUAAGGUGAAGGUGGAGAUGUCUGGAGGGGUGGCGGUGGUUUCUACCAAUCUUGAGAGGAGCAGUGAGGACCACCGUAAACCUCCAAAUUUCACUCCCAAAAAGGAGCCGGGGCUGAAGAGCUUUCUGGAAUCACCCAUGAAACUGCUGAAUACCCCCAUCAAGAACCUGCUGGACACUCCUAACAAGACUCAGUACGAGAUCCCUUCAUGUCACUGCGUUGAGCAAAUCAUUGAAAAGGAUGAAGGGCCGUACUAUACCCACCUGGGUGCAGCUCCGAAUAUCAAGGGCAUCCGAGAGACCAUGGAGACCAGGUCUGGACUGACUGGUGGCGCCAUCAGGAUUGAGAAAGUGGUAUAUACAGGCAAGGAGGGCAAGAGCACGCAGGGUUGCCCCAUCGCUAAAUGGGUAAUACGGAGAUCCAGUGUGGACGAGAAGCUCCUGGUGCUGGUACGAGAGCGGGCCGGACACUCUUGUGCCACAUCCUGCAUCGUGGUGGCGAUCAUGAUCUGGGACGGGAUCCAGCAAAGCCUGGCCGAUCGGCUCUAUGGGGAGCUGAGCGAAACUCUGACCAAGAACGGCGUCCUCACCAAUCGCAGAUGUGCUCUCAACGAGGAGAGGACCUGUGCAUGCCAGGGACUGGACACGGACGCCUGUGGAGCUUCCUUCUCCUUUGGAUGCUCCUGGAGCAUGUACUACAACGGCUGCAAGUUCGCCAGGAGCAAGGUGCCGAGGAAAUUUAAGCUGCUUGGUGACGAUGCUAAAGAGGUGGGUCAUACCCUUCUGACCAACCAGGUUAGCAGGUUAGGUCCAUGUUUCUGUAGGUACUUGACUUGUUUGAUUGCUCCACAGGAGGAGAAACUGGAGAGGAAUCUUCAGGAGCUGGCGACGCUGAUUGGUCCCGAGUAUAGACGGAUGGCACCUGAGGCGUAUGGCAACCAGGUGGAGUACGAGUACAGAGCUCCCGACUGCCGACUGGGUCUCAAGGAGGGACGUCCGUUCUCCGGAGUCACUGCCUGCCUGGACUUCUGCGCCCACGCCCACAGAGACCUCCAUAACAUGCCAGGAGGAAGUACAGUGGUCUGCACGCUAACUCGAGAAGACAACCGGCAGAUCGGAGAGAUUCCCGAGGACGAGCAGCUGCACGUGCUCCCGCUGUAUAAGGCUUCGUCCACCGACGAGUUCGGCAGCGCCGAGGCCCAACUGGAGAAGACCAGGACCGGAGCCAUCCAGGUACUGAGCACCUUCCGCAGGCAGGUCCGUAUGCUCGCGGAACCCGCCAAGUCCUGCCGUCAGAGGAAGCUGGAGAGCAAAAAGGCUGCGAACAAACCUCAGCUCAACACUCCAAACGCCAAGGUGGACGCCCAAGCCAAGCAACAGAAACUAAGCGCUUAUAGUGGCAUGGGGCAGAACCACCCAGCAACAGGCACGGAUCCAGGGCAUCAAGGUGCACCACCUCUAGCUGCCCAAAACCAGCCUCAACAGCAGCACCAGCAGUCCAAACCCAGCACUCCUCUACACUUCCCUAGCCCUUCACCCCCCACCAACUACCCGAGGUUCCCCAACACCCCAGGAUCCUUCACUAGCACUUCAAAACCAGCCAACAUGUUCACUCAGCCUCACAGCUCAGCAAGCCCUUACCACUCUCCCUUACCGGUCCCUAAUCCCUACAUGAACGGUCCGAAUCCACCCAGCCCUUUCCCCGGGGCACUACCGCCCAACAACCUGUACCCUGGUUACCAGUGUAACGAGGGUAUUCCCAUGGAGAACUACCACCCUUAUUACUCCAAUCCGAAUAACCUUGGUAUGUACAGACAACAAAGACCGCCUGUGUACCCGGACCAACCAUUUGGCAUUAAUUACCCACCAGGCUAUGGUGAGCCAGGUCUGCCUGUUAAUGGUUAUGCCAACCCCAACAUGCACCGCAUCGGACACUACCACGGGUACACUCCUAAUGGUGGACCCAAUGCCCAGUUUAUGGGUGCCGUCCCCAGACCUUCCUCUGCCCACCCAAGCCUGGACUAUGCAGCUGCAAACAAAUGCGGUCAGUUUGGUAGAUAUCCCAGUUCCUACCUAGCCCAGAAUCCUCAAAUGCAGUUCCCCCAAAAUACUGACCCCUUAGGUAUGCAAAUUAAACCCGAAAUGAGUCUGCAAGGGUCAAAUGGUUUCCCUGGCAUGCUUCCUCCAACGGGAGUGGACGGAAUGAUCCCCGGUCAGCCUCCAGGUAUGAACCUGCCCAAUGGAACCAUGCUGCCCCUUAUGGUCAAGCAAGAGCCUGGAGUUGUCAUGCCUGCUCCAGAACCUGAGGAGGAGGACAUGUGGUCAGAUAAUGAGCACAACUUCCUGGACCCAGACAUCGGAGGUGUGGCAUUGGCGCCGAGCCACGGCUCCAUCCUAAUCGAGUGCGCCAAGCGAGAGCUGCACGCCACCACGCCACUCAAGAAGCCUGAUCGUACCCAUCCGACCAGGAUCUCGUUAGUCUUCUACCAGCACAAGAACCUGAACGAGGCGAAGCACGGGCUCACGCUGUGGGAGGCCAAGAUGGCAGAGAAGGCCCGGGAGAAGGAGGAAGACGCCGAGAAGCACGGCACCGAUGGGACGCCAAGCAAGGGCGGCAAAAGGGUGAAAAAGGAACAUCUGGAACCUUCAGCCGACACCUCCGAUCCACCGUACAAGCGCUUCAUCCAGAUGCUGGCUGAGCAGUCCCUGUCCUGUACCACGAACACUUACGUCAGCUCAGCUCCGUACGCCUUCACCAAGGUCACCGGGCCUUACAGCCACUUCUCGUAGAGACCUCCUAACAUUUAGAUCAACCUGGUGUGAAAUGGUGCUGCACUUGUCGAGGGUCACGGCUGUACCGGCCCGGAGACCUUCAGCAAAGACACUGAGAUAAAAAAGCUACACGGACGAUCGGGUCUGAAGAUCAGUGAGCGAUCAGUUGGUGUUUAUUUAUUUCAUAACUUCAUGAUGGUGCACUGCUCUUCUCUCUAUGGUGCUUCAACACUUCCAGGCUGGAAACAUUUACAGCGGUAAAACGACCGAUCACGGCCUGUAGUCG